AUGUUCGAGGACGCCCCAGCCGAGCUCGAGGACUUUGAGCCCCAACCCCGCCUGCGCUCGAACACCUGGCCGAUGUCGCGGCCCGUGAUCAACGUGGACCCCGGUGAGGACGGCACCAAGUGCACGCCCGCCGCCCCCGCCAUGAAGAACUCGAACCGCCGCAACGUCUGCGGCAACCUGUCCUACGCGGACCUGAUAACCCAGGCGAUCACCUCGUCACCGAACCAGCGGCUGACGCUCUCCCAAAUCUACGACUGGAUGGUGCAGAACGUGCCCUAUUUCAAGGAAAAAAGCGACAAGAACAGCUCGGCGGGAUGGAAAAACUCGAUUCGGCAUAAUCUGUCUCUACACAAACGCUUCAUGCGCGUCCACAACGAAGAAACUGGAAGAUCCUCCUGGUGGAUGGUCAAUCCGGACCCCACACCUGGAAAAUCGGUACGGAGAAGGGCAGCUUCGAUGGAAACCGGGAAAUUCGAAAGUGGGAGAGCGCGGGUGAUGAAGAGGGUCGAACUUUUGAGAAAAGGCGCCCUUUCUGAGAUCACUCCUAGACCUAGGUCGGCUGUCACACAAAGUGUGGAUUUGUGGCCGGACUUCAAGCGUCGAGCUUGGUCAAACGCGUCUUCUUGUGGCCGGUUGUCGCCCAUACCAGCGGUCGUAGGUGUUGAGCCCGAUUGGACUUCCGCUUGGCAGUUCAAUUCGGCUAACUAUAGGUCAGGAAUUCCGGGUAACUAUUCAGUUAAUCAGCUUGCAGCGAGUCUAGAACAAGGUUUUAAACUCCAACCAGACGCCUACGUGGGGAACAUCAGCGUCCAUACACCCCAUGAACAAAUUCCGGUCGUGAAUGACCUGAACAUAAACGUGGAGUCGUUACAAGGCGGUCUGGACUGCAACGUCGAAGAUCUGAUUAAGUACGAACUGAGCGUGGACGGGAACCUGGACUUCAACUUCUCCAGUCAGCAGCAGACGGUGCUUCCACCUCCACAGACCAUGUCAGGGAGUACCAACAGCCAGCCUAGCUCGAUCGUACCGUACUGGACAACGGUACCGACGCCAUCGUGGAUGCAGUACUGCUUACCACAAGAAGGAUUCUCUUGA